AGAGACAUGUUUCUACUUGAUACUGGAUCUCUCAAGCUGGAUAUGUUGUGUGAUGUGUAGAGCCUAUUAUGUAUGACGAUAUCACACAGAGAAUCUUCAAACCCAAAGAUGGCGAUGAGGAACAAUGUCACCGUAUCCCGUCUCUGCUCAAUCCCUGCUCUCUUCAUCCUCAUUCUUACUCUUCUCUCCCUAUCUCUUCUUGUCUCCGUCUUCUUCUUCACAAAACCUACUACCACCACCACCACUUCUUCGAGGUUUCAUACUGCUCCUUCCUUUUCACAAGAUUCCAUCAAAGUAUUUGUCGCCGACCUUCCAAGAUCCCUAAACUACGGUCUUCUCAACCAGUACUGGUCCGAGAGUCUACCCGAUUCCCGCAUCGGUACUGACUUGGAGUCCCGGAUCUCCAUGACCCACCUGGCCAAAACCUCCGAAUUCCCUCCAUAUCCAGAGAAUCCUUUGAUCAAGCAGUACAGUGCGGAGUACUGGAUCUUGGGGGACCUCAUGACUCCUCAGGAGAAAAGAAAUGGGUCUUUUGCGCGGAGGGUGUUGGAUUAUCGUGACGCAGAUGUUGUUUUCGUGCCUUUCUUUGCGACUUUAAGUGCGGAGAUGCAGCUUUCGAGAGAAAAGGGUGUGUUUAGGAAGAAGGCCGGGAAUGAGGACUAUAAGAGGCAGAGAGAGGUGUUGGAUCUGAUUAAGAAUUCUGAGGCAUGGAAACGGUCUGGUGGGAAGGAUCAUGUGUUUGUUCUUACAGACCCAGUUGCAAUGUGGCAUGUCAGAGAAGAAAUAGCCCCUGCUAUUCUCCUGGUGGUAGAUUUUGGUGGGUGGUAUAGACUUGACUCAAAAUCAUCGAAUGGUAGUUCACCUGAUAAGAUACAUCAUACUCAUGUUUCGUUGCUAAAAGAUGUUAUCGUGCCAUACACCCAUCUGCUUCCGAGGUUUCACUUGCCAGAAAACCAAAAGCGCCAUACACUUCUUUAUUUCAAAGGAGCUAAACAUAGGCAUCGGGGAGGCAUUGUUCGAGAACAAUUGUGGGACUUGCUGGUUAAUGAACCUGGAGUCAUCAUGGAAGAAGGCUUCCCUAAUGCCACAGGGAAGGAGCAGUCCAUCAAAGGGAUGAGAACAUCUGCGUUCUGCUUGCACCCUGCUGGUGACACCCCCACUUCAUGCCGGCUUUUUGACGCCAUCCAAAGUCUUUGUAUCCCUAUCAUUGUAAGUGACAACAUUGAGCUCCCAUUUGAAGGGAUGGUGGACUACUUGGAAUUUUCAGUUUUCGUUUCUGUUAGCGAUGCCUUAAGACCAAAUUGGCUUGUAAGCCAUCUAAGAAGCAUUUCUGAAGAGCGGAGGAAUGAAUUCCGUCAGAACAUCGUGAAGAUUCAACCCAUUUUCGAAUAUGAUAACGGUCAUCCCGGUGGUGUCGGUCCAAUACCCCCGGAUGGAGCAGUGAAUCACAUAUGGAGAAAGGUUCACCAAAAACUACCCAUGAUUAAGGAGGCCAUUGUUCGGGAGAGAAGAAAACCACCAGGCGUAUCGAUUCCUUUACGCUGCCAUUGUACCUAGAAAUAUUAAUCAUUCUUAAUUAAUAUUUAUUGAUCUCGCAAGUGUUUAAUAGCUUUGGACGAGCUUAGAAGUGGUUUACACAUCACUUCAUGUGCUAUUAUCACUCAUUUUGAUUUUGAACUACAAUUUCAAGAGAUCACUUCUACCAUUUUAAGUA